AUGGAGCUCAAUGCCAAGGCUGUCAACUUGCUCAACUGUGCUAUCAGCUUCGAAGAAUACCGACGGGUAUCACGAUGCACAACGGCAAAGAAAAUCUGGGACAAACUUCAAAUCACCCAUGAAGGAACCACCAUAGUGAAGAAGACCCGAAAAGAUAUGUUGAACAGAGAGUAUGAAAUGUUUGCAAUGAAGGAAGGAGAAUCUAUUGAUGAACUGUUUGAAAGAUUCAACAUCAUCAUUGUUGGCUUAAAUGCUAUGGAAAUUACGUAUCUUGAUUCUGUGCUUGUGAGAAGAGUUUUGAGAUGUCUCACAAAAGAGUGGAAAACUAAAGCAUUAAUCAUUUUUGAGAGCAGUAGUUUAGAUUCCAUGACAUGUGAUGACUUGAGAGGAAACUGA